AGACAGAGGAUAUUAAUUUUUGUCCAAAGCACCCGCCAUUGAAGCUAUUUUUCAGGUUAAAAGGAAUCUCAAUCUCUACCUCUCACAUUCUCAUGUUGAAACGAGAAUGCUGGGGCUAGGGUUUCAAGAGACGAAACCUGCGAAAUUGGGUUGCCGAGAUCGAGAUGACAGUCCCGAUUCUGUAAUCUUCACGCAAGAAUCCAACUUCAGCCUCUUCUCUUCUGCUUCUGGAAGUGUCGGUCGUUGCUCGUUUGCAUCCGACGUUCACGAUCGCGAAUCCAUCGUUUCUGAAUUCUCCAAGCAUUUGGCGGGACGUGAUCUCCACGAGUGUUCGCGCGGCCCAGAUCUAGAUCCGAAGAGGCCAUUUGCGGUACAGAGGAGCAGUCACACUGUCAAAAAAGGAGAAAAGGCAAAAGACCGAGAAGAAGAAGAGGAAGAACAACAAGAAGAAAUAGAGACAGAGGACGAUACUCAAACUCUUGAUCCAGCAAAAGAUUCGUUCUCUAUUGCUCUUAGAGAAUGUCAGAUCCGGCGACUCAAAUCUGAUCUUCUUACAGCCGCAAAGAUACAAGGGAAGCAAAGGCCCACUUCCUUAGAUCUGAACGGUCAAGGAAGCGAUGCUACCGGCUCUUCGCCGCGACUAGGAGGUAUGAGGAAGAAUUCCGGUUCUUCUCGUAGAUCGGGUACAUUCCCUAGCCCGGGGACGCCAAAUUACAGGCCUGGUAACAUAGGGGUUCAGAAGGGUUGGAGCUCAGAACGAGUGCCUUUGCACAUGAAUGGAAGCCGGAGAUACGUCAGUGCUGCUCUGUUGCCUUUAAGCAAUGGAAGGACAUUGCCUUCUAAAUGGGAAGACGCAGAGAAGUGGAUUUUCAGUCCAGUUUCAGGAGAUGGUGGUAGCAGGUCGUCACUGGCACUUCCUCAAAGGCGGCCGAAGUCGAAAAGUGGCCCGCUUGGCCCACCGGGAAUGGCUUUGUAUUCGGCGUAUUCGCCUGCAAUCCCGAUAUUUGAUGGCGGGAGCGUCGGGAGUUUCAUGGCGGGUUCUCCGUUCUCAGCUGGAGUUCUAAUUGCUGAUGGCACGUCUGGGCGUUGUAGUGGUGUCCGUGAUGGCGGUGCCAGUAGAGGAUCUCUUCCUGCUCAGGCCGAGCCUUGUAUUGCGCGUUCCGCUAGCGUUCACGGGUGGUCGGAUCUUUUGGGCCAACCCUCGUUGCCCGGCUUACAAGAUGAAAAGCUUGAUGGUACCAAGGAUGCAGAAACCAUGAUCUCUCAUGCUGUUUCAAGAAGAGAUGUGGCAACCCAGAUGAGCCCUGAUGGUAGCACCCAGUCAUCACCAAAAGGGAGGCCCUCUUUCUCUUCUUCACCUCCAUCAUUCCUUCCCAUUGUUGAGCUGCAGGGCCGCCAUUCCUUUAAAUCCGAAAUCAGAGAUGUACAGGUAGAUGAACGAGUGACUGUGACAAGGUGGUCUAAGAAACAUGGCACCCGGGUGCCUGAGAAGGGUUCAACAAAUGUUGAGGACUGGAAAAAGAAAGCUGUAGAAAAGCGGCCUUCAGCUUGGGAAGUUGCAGAGACGGCAAAAUGCCUAUCAAAAUUUAAAAGGGAGGAAGCCAAGAUCACUGCAUGGGAGAACUUGCAGAAAGCAAAAGCUGAGGCAGCAAUCAGGAAACUAGAGAAUUUAAGCCUGUACCUACGUUGUCUAUAACUACUCCAAAUCAGUGUUGUCAGACUCAGACCGGACUGGACAGCUGAACUGGUGACCUAGUGAAGAGGAAGAUUUUAUGUUUGACCCCCCCCCCGAGCCAUAAAGAUUAAAGAGGGAUGAGAUGGUCAAUCAAGACCAUAAUAAUUCAUUCUUAAUGGAAAGGGAAUAAGUUGAUUAUUGAAGAUAAUGGGAAGUGCCUUUAUGAUGACAAGAUUGGGAUUAAAGGUGCUGGUUUGGAAUUUAGGUUUUAAGGGUUACAACUUAGGUUGGGAACUGUGCAGAGAUGAAACUUCUAGAGUUGGAACGCAAUAAAAUGAACCAAGAAAUGCAGACUCCGAGCACAAAAAAUAUUGCGGGUUUGGAGAAAUUUUAGGAGAUGAUUUUCUGUGAAGUUUUGAAGGUUGGGAAAAUUGAUUGGACGUAGGGAAAAUAAGAAUAAAAGGUUACACUUAUAUGAUGGUGAUUAUUGGUUCAAAUUGUGGUAUUUGAUUAUUCUUCAAUCACCAAAGGGUACAUUGAUCACAUCAAUCUACAAAGUAGCAAACAGAAACAGAGAAAAAUGAAGAAUAGCUCAAAAAUCAAUCUAUGUUUCUCAGUUUCUAGGAAUCACUCCUAGGGCAGGGGGCCGGUUAACCAAGUAAUGACAAGAGUCCGUUUAAGUAGCUAAUUAGACAGGGAAGAGGUCAAAUGAACCAUUAGUUUAUAUUCGUAAUAUGCAUCUGGGAGGGCAACUUGUUAGAAGAAUUUUAAUUCCCCCUCCCCCAUAAAGAAAAAGGGAAUACCAAGGGACUCGUACUGACUUUGAAACUAUAUAGAGAUACAACAGAUCUAACAAAACUUAGUGGCCAUAAACCAUGCUAUGCACUUAAAAAUUGCAUAACCACCUUUGGCUUCCCAGAAAUGAAAGAAACAUGUCUAUUGCAAGAUAGAUCCCAAGACCCAUCACUCCAUCAGUAUCUCAUAUUUAGGUUUCUUCAUUAGCUUUAUUCCUCCCAAAAUAGGUUUUCAUUGAUUCUUUGGGAUCUCUAUCUUAUUAGCUUCAGGGGAAAAACAGGAAACUUUGGAAAUCUUUUAAAUGUUAUACUUUGUAGGAGAAAUGCAAUACAGAAUGGCCAUAACACCAACAUAGACAGUGGUGCUAUGCAUGGCUGAUCAAGACCCCCCUCCCCCUCCCCAUGGACAAAUGGUUUAUGUCUUCCAUGUUUAACUUUGUCAUCUCAGAAAUCCCUGUUGUUGCCACUUCAAUGUCUUCAUUAUCUUAAGGCCCGUUUAGUUUACGGGAAUAGGGGUCUGGAAUUGGAGUUGGAAUGGGCCAAUCCGAUUCCAACUGUUCGGUUGGGUGGAAUCGAAAUC